UCAGCGACGGGUUCUCCUCGUGUGAGCGCCGCGAGCGCGAUCCGCCCGAGAGCACGAGAGACGAUCCCGGGUAUUUUGAGAUACGCGCGCGGAGAUCGAAUAUGUCAAGCGAAUCCGCGAGUACGCGCCAUGCGGCCCGAAGAUCUUUCCGCUGACGAUCUCCCGAAUUCUCCUCCGCAGAUCGAUGGUGCGCCCAUCGCAUCUGUCUCUACAAAUGCAACCUCGACACGUUUAAUAUGUCGAUCUCGUCUAAUUACUAGGACGAAGAUAAUUCAUUAGAACUCAUUUCUCUGAGAAGACAAAAUAUAAAUCAAUUAAUUAAUGCAAUUAUAUUGUGAGUUGGACUGAUUUAAUCAACGACUAAUCGUUCAAUUAGACUGAUUUAAUUCGGAAGAAUCUUUACAGGGGAUAACUUGACGUACAUGUAAAUUUUUAUUGACUGAAGCGGCACGUUUUCGGUGAAGCGAUUAUUCAUGUCACUUGAUUGAAUAAAGAAGGAUUUUCCUUACACAUUUCGUAAAUCUUUGUAAAUCAUAAAUACUUCAUGAAACUGUGACGCAUCGCAAAUUGCAACGGAACAAAAUAAACAAACAACGAUUCUACCGUCGUUCAUGACCACAGAUCGAUAGAAAUCGAUCGAUAGAAUUGAUCAGGAAUUCGAAGAAUUCGUGCAUGUAAAAAAGUUAACAACCUCGAUAAUUUCGAGAUCCAAUUCCGACGAUGAUCAAGGAUGUCAUCUGAGAGGAAAAAAAAAUAAUUACCGUUAAUAAAGUGGACUAACACAAUCUUGAUCACGACGGAUCAAUAAUUCGCGUAUAUAAACGUUCCCAAGCAACGUAUAAAUUUGUCGUGAAAUCGACUCGUUCGACAACAUUCUGGAAUUAUCGAGGUAUCGCCGUAAUACCGUGCGGCGCGGAACUGCAAAAGGUACUCGAUUAAAGAAUCGAUUGCGGGAAGAAAAACUUGAAUCGAAGUUUAUAGGUUUAUAGAACAGUGAUAAGGAAGAAAGUGUUGUGUAUACAUUGUUUAAUGAAAGCGCCUCAUUAGAGCAGAAUCAACGAGGGAUAAAAAUACGUAUACACUGAUUAAAAAUUAAUUAUGUUUGAAUAAAAUUUGAAUAAUGCCAUUUACGCCAUAGAGAUAAUAUUGCAUGUACUUUAUGUAACAAAAGCGUGCCUUUAUUUUUACGCUGGAUUACAAAGCCUCUUCCAAUGAAGAAAUAAAUGAUUAUACAAACACAGAUCUGACGUUUUACAUUAAUACAUAUGCGAGUUUACAAAAUACUAUAUAUAAAAAUAAGGGAGAAUAAUUUAAUUCCUUUAUUACAGAACACUUUCGAAUCGAAGCGGGCUAUAAAAAUUCCGCUUCACCGUUUACUGAAAUAUAAUAAAAUAGAAACUUCAAUUAAUGCACAGGAAGAGCAGUAGCCAUUAAAUAUCGGAUUUCUACGAGUGUGUGUGAUUAUAGUGUGGUCGAUUUAUUCGAUUUUAACAGCCAGACAGGAAACAUGAACGGAUUACCGAUAAUAACCGUGUUAAUGCGCAAAAUUGAGAAAAAUCUAUGAAAAUAAAUCUAAUUCGUAAGAUUUAUUCCGCGAAUCGAUUUUAACAGCGGGUGGGAAUAUGAAUUAAAAGCGAGAUCGAAAGAAAUGCGGUCAGCCAUAAAUCUUGCAAGGACGAUUUGACUGCGGAUGCCAACACCGUUACCAUAAUUGUGUCAACAAUCACGUGUCUAUAAUUCAGCACCAACAAGUGUCAUGUAAAUGAUAUCGAUCGGUCUACAUUCGACGAAAUUCGCAUGCGGAUCCUGUUAAAGAAGACCGCAAAUAAAUCCGCAAAGGUAUUCAUAAAUGUUCCAAUUAAACGGCCGCUAUGAAUCAGAGCGCAAAAUAGAAGAGUAAUCAAUUAAACUUGAUCGAGAUAAAGAUAAAAGCAGGUUUCCGCUCAAAUUUAUGUGAGCGAAGAGUUAAGUGUAUGUAAGAUUUCAAGAGCGUCGCAAAUUUUCGCAACGCGAUAGAUUUAUGUGAAAGCUGAUAAAGCGGGAGAAAUAAUAAUUUGCGAGAAAUAAUUCUCUGCGUCAAGGACUUUUCAAGUUUUGCAAAGACAAUUGCAAGUGUCGCAGAGUUGCAAAUAAAUUAGUUAAUAAUCUUCGUCAAGAAAUUUUCGUGAAUGCCACCGGCGACCAUUGAUCAUAUCGAGUAAAGUCAUGAUGGGAGAGGUGAUCCGUGUUUCUGGGAAAGCAUCGGACGUCCGUGACAUCCUGAAAGAAGCCAUGCUAUCGCAAAGGUUCGCCGAUGUGGCUCUCUGCUGUCCAGGAGGCCAGAGAUUCCUCGCGCAUCGUCUGGUCUUAUCAGCAGCUAGCCCCUAUCUUCAAGAAGUGUUGCUGGCGCACAGCAAAGUCACCGCUCAGUGCGAACCGAUCACGGUGAUCCUGGCCGAGACGGAGGCGCCGGAACUCGCCGCUCUCCUCGGCUUCAUCUACACUGGAAGCGUUACUAUUCCGCGAGUGCGGCUGAACGCGUUUCUGCAUGCCGCCGAAACUCUGCGCAUCCGGCUUCCGCCGGUGCCGGCGAUGACAAUCUGCGACGAACAGGAUUGCAAGCUGGAGGAUGUGAAAGAAGACGUGAAGAUCAGCUCCAAGUACCUACAGUGCGAUCGGUAUUCUUGGGGAAGGUCGGAAAGACCGCCCUACGAAGAUUCGCUCUACAGAAAGGACUCUUGCAUCAGGAUAUUCGCGACCGAUCACAACAGAGACAUUCUCAGAGACACCAGAAUGUUUCACGAAGUCAACAAUCCUGGCCCUUCGUUCGGUUCUAGGUGUCCCAGCGCGUGGCCAGUUGGUAAUUUCUCGCAUCAGGAUAGAGCGAUAGGUGAUCCUUCCACGGAAAAGGAUUGCAGCUCAAUAAUGCUUGCUGACAAAAACCUAGCGAUAAAUUCUAGUAGCGAAUCAUCCUUCCAUACGUAUCAACGAGAUGCCUGUUUUCCUGAAAGACCAUCCACGGAAGAAUACAGUGGGUUGGAAUCGUUAGAAAGAAUCAGGACAGGAUACGGGAGAUUGCAAGCAAAUUGCUCGACGGAAAAGCCGAUGGAUGGAAGCAUGGGAGAGUCGCGAGGCGAAUUUUGCGGAAGAACGCGUGACGAGUGCCCCUACCUGAGCGGGAUACCGUCGUCGUCCUUGCAGUGUCCCGCUAGUCGAACGAGGUCAUCCGAGAGGUUCGAUUACACCUCGCAGGUGACGGCGGGCGAGGAUCUCAGCUGCAGCGAAAGUUGUUGUAGGUGGAAAACCUCCCGCAAACACGUGGCCAAUCGUGUCACUGCAUCGCCGUGGCGCCAGAUCAUCAGGCCUCAUCAUUCACCGAGGAUGCCACGGUCGGCUGCCGUGCUACAACGUCAUGUCGAUGACGAAAUCCAAAAGAAGCCCCUGACUCCGGAACCAACGCGAUCCACAGUAAUAGCGAUCAGCCCGAAGGUCCAUUCUCCGAGAAGCGACGGGCAUUACGGUUUUGAAGUUUCUACCUGCGAAAUGAGCCUUAAUAGCGACUCGAGAUCACGGACCGAGAUAAUAAGUAGUCCUGAAACGAAGAUCCAAGAGACCUAUCGAUCUCCAGUUCCAUUCGCAUCCUCUAAUCAAAUCGCGCCACUUACAAACACACUGAGAAAUGACGAACCGUCCCUCCAGACUAAUAACACACUCACGCAGUUGCUGUCCGUCAGCAACGACAGCGUUAUCACGAAUACGAGUAGAAAUAACGAAUAUUCGACACACAUAGUGCCACACACGCCGACAAAACCCGAAUUGUCGCAUCCGAUCAGUAGACUGUGCGAUACGAUCGAAUCCGAUGAGAAGAAGGAAACGAAGAUAGAGAUAGAAAGCGCGGAGAAGAAUGACGAGGAGAGAAUUGCGAGGAUAUUUGUUAAUAGCGACGAUAACAACAACGACGAGGCAAUCGUCAGCACGGAAAUAGUGCGUGGACGAUCGGCCGACGAUCACAGGUGCGAUCAAUGUGGGAAGACCUUCGUCACGAGAGCAUCGCUCAAGACACAUAGCCGAACGCACUCCGGCGAGAAGCCGUUUCGCUGCGCCGAUUGCGGGAAGCAAUUCUCGCAGCUGCGCAAUUACAAGUACCAUCGCAGCGUGCAUGAGGGCACCCGGGAGUUUGCCGCCACUUGUCCGGAAUGCGGCAAAUACUUCAACGACCGUGGUUACCUGAGCUCGCACAUGAAGAUCCACCGGAACCGCAAGGAAUACGGCUGCGCGGAAUGCGGCAAGAGCUUCAACCAGCGAGUGGCCUACAAUAUGCACGUGCGUAUACACACGGGCGUAAAGCCGCACCAGUGCGAGCAAUGCGGCAAGGCGUUCUCGCGGAAGAUGCUGCUGAAACAGCACCUGAGAACCCAUUCCGGCGAGCGGCCGUACCAGUGCCAGGUCUGCCAGAAAGCGUUCGCUGAUCGCUCCAACAUGACCCUCCACACCAGACUGCACUCCGGCUUGAAACCCUACCAGUGUAACCUGUGCUCGAAAGCCUUCACCAAGAAGCACCAUCUGAAGACCCACCUCAAUUAUCACACCGGCACUAAGCCGUACACUUGCACGAACUGCGGCAGCAGAUUCUCGCAGAGUAGUAAUAUGAGGACCCAUUUUAAGAAGUGCAUCGUCAACAAUGCCGCUGGAGUGACCAAGUCCGGCGACGAAGCCGGUGUCGAAAGCAGCAUCACAUCGCAGGUGGCUCUAACUCCGCCCAACUCCGAUCAGGAGUCGAGCAUCCUAACGCCAAUCUCGAAGAGCGUUGCCGUGACGGAGAGCAACGCAUAGCGGUUUCUUCCGCUCGAAAGACAGACUCGUAUUUCGAAAGUGGGUGAAGUUGACGAAGAAUAAAGUGAAAACACUUGUGACCGCAUCGUUAUAAUGGUAGGUGUUUGACAGAAGAUAGUAUAUUUAGCAGAAGUGUUUGUCUUAAUAAAUUGACCGAAAAUAGACUGCGGACUUUCACACUUUUUGUAAGCUUGGUACACACGUUUGUAGAAUAAUUUCUACGCUGAAUCGAUUUAUUUGCAUUUCAGUCAAUAUUACAUCGAAAAGUGGUAGCAAAAUUUGCAUUGACUUAGUAUUAAAAAUAUGCAGUUUGUUUUCAGACAAUUUAAUAUUUAGCUAGUUGAAAUAAGAUUGGAAUAUCAGUGUUGUACAGUAGUCAUUGCAUUGUGCCUUCCAGUUCCUGUAUUUAUUGAACUAAUCUCAGUGUACAUACAGAACUCCCUGUUUUAAUCUAAUCUAAUAUUUAAAUAACUUAGAGUGAGAGAUUUGAUAUCAAAAAGGUAAUGUUAAAUCAAAAUAAAUACAUCAAAAAAUUGAAUGUCCCACGGAAGGCUUAUUUCUGUUCAAUUAAAUCCGUUUACCUUUUACCGCGUAAAAAGAUUACUCAUUCUAAAAUACUAUAUUUAUUUUCGCAAUCUUAUAAUUUGACAAAUGUCUAAUUAAAGUAAAAUAUUU